ACUUUCCUGUUUUGACUACAUUUUUAUAUUUUUGUUUUCCCUGCUCCAUUUUCUUUUUCAAUUUUCUACAUGUUACUAAGAAUGAUGGGGUUUGAAAAGCCACCAACCAUAUCCAACAGAUAUUGGAUGUAUUACUACUACUUGCACUGUUUAUUUUGUGAGCCAACGUAUGUAAAAUUACUGAUGUACAUAAGAGGAAGAAUAACAGAAACUGCAGUGACAGCUGCAUAUAAGGAUGAAAAAAAGGAAGUGGAAAUUAGUUUUGAAAUUCAGCAGCUCACACUGUUUUUUCUGUUCAUUUAUCGAUAUGGCUCUCUAUGCCAGGAUUAUUUCUAUCUUGACUGGACUAACAGGAGUUCACAGCAUAACUACAGUCAGUGAAGUAUCAGUGAAAACUGGGAAGUCGAUCUCCAUCCCAUGUCUCUAUGAGUCCAAAUACCAAAACCAUGUGAAGUACUUGUGUGAAGGAUAUACAUGGGGCUCCUGCAGAUAUGCAGUAAAAACAAACAAACCAGACCCUUCAGGAAAAUAUUCAAUCUCUGAUGACAAAAACCAGCAAAUUUUCACUGUGACUAUAAAACAGCUGGCAUAUGAAAACACUGACUACUGGUGUGUGGUGGAGAUUAAUAAUGGAGCAGAUCAUGGAAAAUAUUUUAAACUGUCAGUUACCGGUGGGACCCCCAGUCUCUAUGUGGAUCAUCAGAGGAUUACAGGAUAUAUUGGAGAAAACAUAACUAUUAGAUGUCGACACAGUUAUUCUGGAAAAAUGAAAUGGUGCAGGCUGGGAUAUCACUGUGUGACAGGAUCAUCUGGAUCCAUAGAUGGAGCAGCAGUGACCACACAUAUGAGCAAACCAAAUGUUUUCACAGUGACCAUGAGUGGACUAAAGUCAGAGAACAGUGGCUGGUACUGGUGUGCUAAAGGGGACAUUCAGAUACCAGUAUAUUUAAAUGUUACUGAGAAACCGAUCACUACCAUUGCCCCUACUGUUGCUCAUAAAGUUACUGGAAAUGGAACAAUUAACACAUUUGAAGACAAACAAGAAAGAGUUCCGUUUGACCUAAAGAUCCUCAUCAUUCCUCUGAGCCUGCUGAUCGUGGUUGUAAUUGUAGCUUUUCUUAUCUGGUUUAUAAUAAAACAAAAGCUGAGAAAAGCAGAAUCAACCCCCACAGCAGAGACUGAUGAGGAAGUGACAUACGCCAAUGUAAGAAAUGUGGGAAGAAAAAGAGCUGAGAGGUCAUUUACGGAACGUGAUGGGGAAAUCACAUACAGUUCGGUUGUGACCAUAAAGAAUCAAAGUAUCAAAACGGGUGAAGGAAAAGGCACAGAAGUUACAUACAGCACACUAGCUACUCUCCACUGAAAUAUUUAAAUGUUAUAACCUUUUUCAUUUUGUGUACCUGUAUUACUGGAGUCUUUGUCAGACAAGUGCUGCAAUGUGUUAUCUGCUCUCAUCAGCUUGUUAUAUGAUUAGUUUUUUCUCACUUUUAACUGUCGUUUAACAAACUAUAUUCCUGCAUAUUUGCAAAAUGAGUCAAAGAAGUGUUUACCUGUUUGCUCUUUUAUCAAGAUCGUUGACAUUAAUCUGUUUUUUUUGUAAUAAAGAAGCAUUGCAAGCAUCAACAA